AUUAAAGGUUGUACUUUAAAAGAGGCACCGGUUCCCUUCACCUGCUAUUGGACUUGCAAUCACUUUGACCUCGGAAGCUGAAGAUGAGGUUACCAUGGGAACUGCUGGUACUGCAAUCCUUCAUGUUGUGCCUCGCAGAUGACUAUACACUUCAUGGGCCCGUUUUUGUUCAAGAACCAAGUCAUGUCAUGUUCCCUUUGGAUUCUGAGGAGAAAAAAGUGAAGCUCAAUUGUGAAGUGAAGGGGAAUCCAAAACCUCACAUCAGGUGGAAGGUAAAUGGAACAGACGUUGACAUUGGUAUGGAUUUCCGCUACAGUGUUGUGGAAGGCAGCUUGUUGAUCAAUAACCCCAAUAAAACCCAAGAUGCCGGAACGUACCAGUGCAUAGCAACAAACUCGUUUGGGACCAUUGUUAGCAGAGAAGCAAAGCUGCAGUUUGCUUAUCUUGAAAACUUUAAAACAAGGACAAGAAGCACUGUGUCUGUUCGCCGAGGCCAGGGAAUGGUACUUCUGUGCGGCCCACCACCCCAUUCAGGAGAGCUGAGCUAUGCCUGGAUCUUCAAUGAAUACCCUUCCUAUCAGGAUAAUCGUCGCUUCGUUUCUCAAGAGACUGGAAACCUAUACAUUGCCAAAGUAGAAAAAUCAGAUGUUGGGAAUUAUACCUGCGUGGUUACAAAUACUGUGACAAACCACAAGGUCCUGGGCCCCCCCACGCCACUAAUACUGCGGAAUGAUGGGGUGAUGGGUGAAUAUGAACCCAAAAUAGAGGUACAGUUUCCAGAAACGGUCCCUACAGCCAAAGGAGCCACAGUCAAGCUGGAAUGCUUUGCUCUAGGAAACCCAGUACCAACUAUUAUCUGGCGGAGAGCUGAUGGAAAGCCAAUUGCAAGGAAAGCCAGAAGACACAAGUCAAAUGGGAUCCUGGAAAUUCCCAAUUUCCAGCAGGAAGAUGCUGGCUUGUACGAGUGUGUGGCUGAGAACUCCCGAGGCAAAAAUGUAGCCAAGGGACAGCUGACUUUUUAUGCACAGCCUAGUUGGAUUCAAAAAAUAAAUGAUAUCCACGUAGCCAUGGAAGAAAGUGUCUUCUGGGAAUGUAAAGCGAAUGGGAGGCCCAAGCCUUCAUACAGAUGGCUAAAAAAUGGUGAACCACUGUUAACGCGGGAUAGAAUUCAGAUCGAGCAAGGGACGCUCAACAUAACAAUAGUGAAUCUCUCAGACGCUGGCAUGUAUCAGUGCGUGGCAGAAAAUAAACAUGGGGUUAUCUUUACCAACGCCGAGCUCAGUGUCAUAGCCGAAGGUCCCGAUUUUUCAAGAACACUCUUGAAAAGAGUGACUCUUGUCAAAGUGGGGGGUGAAGUUGUCAUUGAAUGUAAACCAAAAGCAUCACCAAGACCUGUCUACACCUGGAGGAAAGGAAGGGAGACACUCAGAGAAAAUGAAAGAAUUACCAUUUCUGAAGACGGAAACCUCAGAAUCAUUAAUGUGACUAAAUCAGACGCCGGAAGUUAUACCUGUGUAGCCACUAACCAUUUUGGAACUGCCAGCAGUACUGGAAACUUGAUAGUAAAAGAUCCAACCAGGGUCUUGGUCCCACCUUCCAGCAUGGAUGUCACUGUUGGAGAGAGCAUUGUUCUGCCCUGCCAGGUGACACACGAUCACUCGCUCGACAUUGUGUUCACCUGGUCUUUCAAUGGACACCUGAUUGACUUUGACAAAGAUGGAGACCACUUUGAAAGAGUUGGAGGGCAGGAUUCAGCUGGUGAUUUGAUGAUCCGAAACAUCCAACUGAAGCAUGCUGGGAAAUAUGUCUGCAUUGUCCAGACAAGCGUGGACAGACUAUCUGCUUCUGCAGACCUGAUUGUAAGAGGUCCUCCUGGUCCCCCAGAGGCUGUGACCAUUGAUGAAAUCACAGACACCACUGCUCAGCUUUCCUGGAGAGCCGGGCCUGACAACCACAGCCCCGUCACCAUGUAUGUCAUCCAAGCCAGGACUCCGUUCUCCGUGGGCUGGCAAGCAGUCAGUACAGUCCCAGAACUCAUUGAUGGGAAGACAUUCACAGCAACGGUGGUGGGUUUGAACCCCUGGGUUGAGUAUGAAUUCCGCACCGUGGCAGCCAACGUGAUUGGCAUUGGGGAGCCCAGUCGGCCCUCAGAGAAACGGAGGACAGAAGAAGCCCAGAAAACUGGGGAUCCAAGAGGUUAAGCACAGGGAGCCAGGGGUCAGCCUAUGGCUUCCACUUGCAUCAACACCCAGCUCACAAUUCCCCUUCGGAGAAGCCAUUAGCCCCGCCCCCCAUCCCAGCAGCCUGCUACUCCAGAACACUGCUGCAUUGCUCCAUUCUGUCUGUGCUAUGUUCACUGGCUGUUGACAUUGAUCUGUGAUCCUUUUCUGUGUGCUCUCAUCCCAACAAGAUUGUAAGCUCUUUGUGGGCAUAGUUCCUCUUCUUUCCUAUGUGUACCAUGACAUGGUUAAUAAAUGACUAA